ACAAUGCAAGAAAAACCAGUAGGAAACCAUUCUUACACUGACUUCAUUUUUAUUGGAUUUCCAGGAUUUUCUGAAUACAAGCCUUAUCUUUUCAUUCCUUUCUUUCUCAUGUUUCUAGUGGCUGUAGUUGGUAACUCUGUAAUAAUUUUUGUAAUCAAAACACAAACAAGUUUACAUUCCCCCAUGUACUUUUUAAUCUUUGCCAUUGCAAUUGUGGAUCUAAGUGCACCAAUAACAUUUGUCCCAAAUAUGUUCCUUAACCUUGUAUUGAACCUAAAUGGAAUUUCUCUGUGCGGUUGUCUUGUCCAAAUGUUUUUUGUCCAUUUGAUAAGCACCUUUGAAUCAACCAUACUUAUGAUGAUGGCUUUGGAUCGUUAUGUUGCCAUAUGUAACCCAUUGCGCUAUAAUGAUUACAUUAAUAGUUCUACUUUCUGUAAGCUAUCUGUUGCAUUCCUGAUAAGAAGUGGAUUAUUCAUUUCUGCCAUUGUCAUCCUUGCUAGUACUCUUUCAUUCUGUUUUUCAAAUGUUAUUGAGCAUUUCUAUUGUGAGCACAUGGCACUAGUUGGUUUGGCUUGUGGGGAGACAACCAAGAACAGCAUAAUGGGACUACUGACUAUUUUCUGUAUACCAGGUAUCGACCUUUUGUGCAUCUGCUAUUCAUAUAUUAACAUUUUCUGUGCAGUGCUUAAAUCUGCAUCAGGAAAAGCACGUCAAAAAGCAGUCCAUACCUGCGGCACUCAUUUGAUUGUCAUUCUUGUGACAUAUCUCUUAUCUUUGUGUUCAUAUCUUGCAUAUAGAAUCAGGAACUCCAUGUCCCCCGAUGUUCAUAUUCUAAUAAGUAUAUUAUACCUCCUUUUUCCAUGUUGUUUCAAUCCAAUUAUUUAUGGUGUCAGGACAAAAGAGAUAAGGGAACACAUUUUGAAAAUGGUUAAAGGAAAGAAAAUACACCCAGAAAACAUUAAGGUAGCAAGUAUAACAAGGUAA